CCUCCACAAAAAAUUAAAAUAAAAACACCAACAAAAUUACAAUAUAUUUGCAUGAAACCGUCCACGUGCCUUCACCCAUCCUCUGGCCUUUUCUUAAAACCUAAGAAUUUCAAGCACAAGCCACCACACCCACCACUUCCCCCUUCCCUUCCUCUGGCAAUUUCCCCCAAAUUCCUUGAUUCCCAGCAGAACCCAUAAAUCCAAAUCCCUCAAUUGGUGUUUUAGAAUCCAAAAGAUUAAUCCUUUUAAAAAGGGUACGAGGAAGGAAGAAGGAAACUGAAUUAAUAAGAUUCAGAGGCAGAAUAAGGCGAGAGAGAAGAAGAAGGCAAAAUAGAAGAGAGAUUCGGCGACUUUCCUGAACCAGAAGCUCUCUCGUUUGUGGGGAAGAAAAGAAAAAGGCGAAGCUGCACCGACUCGGCGCUCUUCAACUCAGCUGGACCCAACUCACUCUCUUAUCUUCCUUCCCACUUGGGGUAACUUAUCCUUUUUUCCAUCUCCUUGGUUUUCUAAACUCGCUGUAUUGAGCUCGAAGUCCUCGCAUUUCCAGUACCUCGUCGAGAAUUCUUUAAUGGGGUUUCGAUGGUGUUUGUCCAACUGUUUAUGAAUGUAUCGGGCGGCGCACAACCUCCCUCGAUUAGCAAAACCCUAGGUUUCUGAUUCGUUCCCCUCAUUGGGCCUUUUCCUCCAUUUGUUUGACUGGGUUGUGUGCAUAAGAGCCUUUCUCCAUGGCAUUUGAUCACAACUUGGUUUCAAAAGAUCUGAGGCCGGUGAACGUUGCUCGGCCAUUGAUCGACGAUACCCGCAUUGGGGUAGUCGGGGGAAUGACGAACACCGCGCCUAAUUCAGCUACGGCGGGAGCGACGGUUAUGAGCCCUGAAUUUUUCACCGCCGCACCGGAGGGGACUAUUCCGAUUUACUACCAGGCAUCAGCGGUGCCGGAUUCUGGAGGGUUUGUUGGCGUAGGGUAUAGGAAUGUGGCACCGGCGGCCGUUGCACAGUGGGUCCCGGUGGCAGCAGCUGGUAAUGUAAAUAUUGGUGUGACUGCUCCAGCUGCUGUAGGGUACGGUUAUAAUCCUAAUAAUUUGGGGAAUAGGGUAGUGGGUAAUGCUGUUGAUCAAGCUAGUACUGAAAUGUUGGUAGGUGGAUUCGGUUAUAAUCCUCGUACCAGCCCCAAUUCGAACAACGAUUUGUUGAACUCGGGUUAUGGUUACAGCCCGAGUGCAUCCAAUCGGGGGAGUGGUGGUGGUGGUGGGGUUGAUCACACGAGUGAAGAUGGUGGUGAUGAUUCGGUGUCUGGGAAGAAAGUCAAGCUCUUGUGUAGUUUUGGAGGGAAGAUUCUGCCUAGACCGAGCGAUGGUGCAUUGAGAUAUGUCGGAGGGCAGACGAGGAUCAUCAGUAUGAGAAAAGAAAUGACAUUUGGUGAGCUGAUGCAGAAGAUGGUGGCCACAUACGGGCAACCGGUUGUUAUGAAGUACCAGCUUCCAGAGGAGGAUUUAGAUGCAUUGGUUUCAGUCUCAUGCCCUGAAGAUCUCGAUAACAUGUUGGAUGAGUAUGAGAAGUUGUUGGAAAGAUCCUCAGAUGGCUCUGGUAAAUUGAGGGUGUUCUUGUUUUCAGCUACCGAGCUUGAUGCUUCUGGUAUGGUGCAGUUAGGAGAUAUGCAGGAUAAUGGACAAAGAUAUGUUGAUGCAGUUAAUGGGAUUGUUGCUGACAAUGGUGGUGGUGGGAUGAUCUCAAGGAAGGAGAGUAUGGCUAGUGCUACCUCGACUCAGAAUUCGGAUGUUAGCGGAGCUGAAGCAGUUGACAUAUCAGGAUUUGGACAAGGGGAACUGAGUGGGACUCCAUCAGUCAGCGGGCUUUCUCCUAUGGGGAAUUCAGUUACCUCCCAAGAUACUACCCCGAGAUUGUUGUCUGUGGAUCCUAGUCCUAACCCACCACUUUAUGCUGACACAUCAUCAGUUUCUUUGGGGAUUCCACUGAUGAAGUCUGGUUCUCCUCCUGCUUUAAUUUCCCAGCACGAGGUUGAUUUUGAAAGGUCAGCUGCUCCGGUAAACAUGUCACAGCAGCAGAUGGGAUACGAGCUACCUCAAACAGGAAUGCCAUUUCAAUCAAAUGCACCUCAUCUUCCAGCAUAUAGGGACUAUGUACAUGCAGCUCCUCAAAUGGGAUACCCGAAUGCGCAAAUGUUUGCCACUGCUGGCGGGUCCCUGUUCACUCAACAACCGAAUCAUGAUGUUAAUGCUUCUCUGAGUUCUCAUCAGUAUAUGCCUGGAGUGCACAUGACGAUGGCACCCUCAUCGUCUCUUGCUCCCAUGAGGCCUACAAUGGUUCAAACUGUGAUGCAGGCUCAACCAACUCGAUUGGACCAUUAUCCGGAUGAAAAGAUGUAUGGAACAAGGAUAAUGCAGAUGCCGGUCGAUCCGAGCUACAACAUGUAUCAGGCACAGGCUCCACAGCCGGCAAUUCUUGGGGGAGGGUAUGGCUGGAGACAGGUUCCUCAACCGGAACAUGUCGUCUUUUCUGAUGGCAUGAUUCAUCAUCAACAAGUACAAUAUCCUGAAAAAACUUCAAGACCGGAUGAUUGUCUGAUGUGCCAGAAAGCAUUGCCUCAUGCACACUCUGAUCCUGUUGUACAGGAACAAAGUCCUCUAUCUAUAGACUCUGUCUAUCAUAGUCUUCGUUUGGAAGAAAGUUCGAAGAUUCGGCCUUUGAACAGGGUAAUGGUGACUGGGGCGUCAGGGGAAGGUACUGUUGGAGCUCAAUCAGAAGCAAUGGAUUUACCUCAGUGUGCUGAGGCAUUUCAUGAAGCCGAGAAAAUUUCCCCCAGGAAAAAGGAAGCUCCUCCAGAGCAACCUAAGAUGUCGGCUCCUCUUGGUAUGAUGGGUAUACAAGGUGAUGCUCAGUCUACUUAUGGGUUGUUAAUGAGUACUAUCCCUCCAUCUCGGGUAGAUGAUUCUCUUCAACAGCAGCAUGCAGUGGCAGUACCUCAUGUAGCUGUUGGUGGACCACCUCCUCAAGCUUCCGAAGGCGUGAUAUAUGAGUCUCCUAGAGCACCACAUGUUGGUAACCUUCCUCAUGUUGGUUCAAAAGAGAAUAUGGUUGACUCUUUUGUUCCACAUGACCAGCUGAAACCAAUUGACGGCAACAAGUCAGCUACCGAUCAGAAAGCCCAGCAAGUAUUACCUUCAAGGGAGUUGCUUCCAGACUCGAAUUAUCUCAAAUCGGAAGUUCUGCCUGCUGCUGAAUUCUCAUAUCUACACAGCUCUCAGCCUAUUGAGCCAUAUGAUGUUGCUCAGCCGCUAUAUUCGGGUGAUCCGGGAGCACAUCUGCACUCCAUGGUUGGUGCUCUCUUGGAUUCUGGUGAUGUCAGUUGUGUCAAUCCACAAUAUGUUGUUGAGCCCGUGUAUCAUGCUGAUAAAGUCCUUCCUGUUGGCGAGAGCAAUUCUGAUAUAUCCAGGCUACUACCUAGUACUCUUGCCAGUGAUGUGGAAUCUUUAGCACUGAGUGGGAAUCCACCAUCUUCAGUAUCGCCGUCUAGUAGACUUGGAGAUGUGCAGGAAUCCUCAGACUCUCUUUUCAGCAUCCAGGAUCCUUGGAACAUGAGGCAUGAUACUCAUUUCCCUCCUCCUAAACCUCUCAAGAUUGCAACUAGGAAGGAUGCUUUCAGUGCUGGAGAUCCAUUCAAGGAAAACAACAUUGGUAACGCCGGGGAAUUGGGUCCAGAUGUGCUGUUGGAUGAUGGAAUUUCUCAGACACUAUGUGGUUCGGAGCAUACUCUAUCUUCCAAAGGCUCGGAGGAUAGGCUUAUCAAACAAGAACUUCAGGCUGUUGCUGAAGGAGUAGCUGCCUCUGUUUUUAAGUCGAGUACACCAAGUACCGACUUGACAGAUGAAAGAAAUCCAUCUCCUUUCGAAGCAAGUGAACAACCGAAGGAGGCUGCCCCGAUUAAAGACGUGGAAGCACAGCAUAAAGCUAAAGCUGAGGAUCUGAAGAACAGACAGGCGGAAAAGGUGAACGUGGGAUUUCCAAUGUCAGAAGGUGCAGGUCGCCUACAGAUUAUAAAGAGUGGUGACCUUGAAGAACUAUUUGAAUUGGGCUCUGGCACCUUUGGCACGGUUUACCAUGGAAAGUGGCGGGGUACGGAUGUUGCAAUUAAGCGGAUCAAUGACAGGUGUUUUGCAGGGAAACCUUCGGAACAAGAACGCAUGAUUGACGAUUUUUGGAAUGAAGCUAUCAAGCUUGCUGAUCUGCACCAUCCAAAUGUGGUAGCUUUUUAUGGGGUUGUACUAGAUGGCCCUGGAGGUUCAGUUGCAACUGUGACUGAGUAUAUGGUUAAUGGCUCUUUGCGGACUGCUUUGCAGAAAAGCGAGAGGAGCCUUGACAAACGUAAGCGCCUCUUGAUCGCCAUGGAUGUGGCUUUUGGUAUGGAAUAUCUGCAUGGGAAAAAUAUAGUGCAUUUUGACCUAAAGAGUGACAAUCUGCUAGUUAAUCUUAGAGAUCCGCAUCGUCCGAUAUGCAAGGUUGGCGAUCUGGGCUUGUCGAAAGUAAAGUGUCAAACGCUAAUCUCGGGUGGUGUAAGGGGAACACUUCCAUGGAUGGCACCCGAGCUUUUGAAUGGCAGCAGCAGCCUUGUCUCCGAGAAGGUUGAUGUAUUCUCAUUCGGCAUCGUGUUGUGGGAGCUUCUGACUGGGGAAGAGCCAUAUGCAGAUUUACACUAUGGCGCCAUCAUAGGUGGCAUUGUCAGCAACACCCUGAGGCCGCCAGUACCGGACUCUUGUGAUCCGGAAUGGAAAGCAUUGAUGGAGAGAUGCUGGUCCUCAGAACCAGUCGAGAGGCCGAGCUUUACCGAGAUAGCAAAUGAGUUGAGAGCAAUGGCAGCCAAGAUACCUUCCAGGGGGCAGGCUCCAGCGCAGCAAGGUUCUUGAGCACAACCUCAAAAGUGAGUCUCCUGGCGAGUUGAUUCUUCCCUCGUGGCUCAAUAGAGGUAAUUUGCUGCAGUCAAUAUGGGUUAUUUGUAGGAAGGUUCAUUUGGCCUUUGUUUUUUACUUCAUCAGGUUUUUUUACUUUAGUAGAGAUGAUUAUAGUUGCUAGACUCCUAUUGAGAGUGUCUAGGGUUUUGGGUUUGAGUUUCAAUGUGUUUGUUCUUGUGUGCAAAAAGGGUCAAAGAAAAAGAAGAAAAUUUGUUUUUUGUACGUAGGAACUGUUUGUCUCUUUGACAAUCUUGUUAUAUAGAUUAUAUUUGGUGUAAGAUUGGAAGAAAAUGAGCUUUACUACCCAUAUUUCUUUUCCUGGAUCAUAGUUCCUAUCCUUUCCCAGGAAAGAGUAAAGCUUAACUUACCUGUAGUUCUGCCUCUACCCAUGAGUUGGAUUCUGUUCUUGAUACAAAGAGGAUCACUGCUCAUGCUUCCGUAAACCUGAAUUCAUCUGAUCAACAUACUUCCAUGAUGGUAGAAGUUAGGUCAGAACCCAUAACCCAUUUGCAGAAAAAUGGAGUCAAAUCCAGGAAAGGAAGCAACUUUGUUCACACACAAACCACCCAAAGAAUCUUUUGAACUUCAGUUCUUCAGUAACUGACUCUGUUUGGCCGUCGCCUGCCGCCGCUGCCGCUUUAUACGUAGUCAUUUCAUAGCCCUUGUCUCUUCCCUAUCUAAGAUCUAACCGGCGGCCGCUUUCGUUGAUCACGUGAACUGAUGAAAGCUGCAAUGAAGAUUAUGUCGGCAGGAUCUUUUUUUCCUGCGGAUAAGACUUAAUGGGUAGAUUUGGACUGUAGAAAGAAG